AUGAGGGUAGUUACUCAUUCCAUUAUCUCUCUUUUAACCGAUGAAGAAAAUUUAAGUGCUGAAGAUGUUGAAAUAAUUUCUGGAGAGAUUAAAGAGUCAUUAGAAUCAUUUGUACCAAUACCAUUACACUCAUAUGAAAAAAUAAAAAGAAGUAAUUCUGCAUGUUUAAGUUCUGAUUUUAUUAUUCCAUUUGUAAAAUGUGAAGAAUCAAUGUUUUCUUAUUUAGCACCACUGUGUUCAGUUGAGAUAACAAAAAAUAAUAAUGAACAAAUAUUAACACUUUCAAGUAGAGUUUUAGAUUUAAUGAAUACACAACCUUCAUUUCAAAAAAAACUUCUAAAUAAAAAUAAAAAUUAUUCAUUACCAGAACUUUGUAAGGAUCAACAAGGAAGUAGAAAAAUACAACAGUUUUUUGAAAUUGCUACAGAAGAAGAAAUUGAUCAAAUAUUUAGAUUAAUUUAUUCAGAUUCAAUUGAACUUAUGAUAGAUUUAUUUGGAAAUUAUGUUAUUCAAAAAUUAUUAGAACAUGGAACAAAAAAACAUGUUCAUUUAUUAUUUGAAAAAUUACAAGGAAAUGUUGUAAAAUUAUCACUUCAUAUGUAUGGCUGUCGUGUUAUUCAAAAAAUUCUUGAAGUUCUUUCUUCAGAAGAAGUAAGAAUUAUUUCGGCAGAAAUUAAAUCAAAUGUUUCAACAUUUAUUGAAGAUCAAAAUGGAAAUCAUGUUAUUCAAAAAUUUAUUGAUUUUGCAUCAGAAAUUGAUUUAAAUUUUAUGAUAGAUGAAAUUUAUACAAAAGCCGUUGAAUAUUCUAAACAUCCAUAUGGUUGUAGAGUUAUUCAACGACUAAUAGAAAAAAAUUCACAAAAUUGUGUUAAGAGAGUAACAGAUAAAUUAGUUGAAUAUGUAUGGGAAUUAUCAAUUAAUCAAUAUGGAAAUUAUGUUAUUCAACACCUUAUUCAAUAUGGUACUAAUGAACAAAGAAUAAAAAUAGUUAAUAAUAUUAAAGGUAAAUUAUAUGAAUAUUCAAUGAAAAAAUAUUCUAGUAAUGUUGUUGAAAAAUGUAUUCGUUGUUGUGAAUCAAGAGAACAAAUUAUUCUUGUUAAUGAACUUUGUAAUAGCAAUGUUACUAAUAAACAAAUUAAUGAAAUGAUUUGUGAUCCGUAUGCCAAUUAUGUUAUUCAAAGAUUAAUAGAAAUGAUGGAUGCAAAUCAAAAAAAUUAUUUCAUUGAAACUUUUAUUUCACCAAAUAUUGAUGCAUUAAGAAGAAAUACACAUGCCAAACAUUUGAUUCAAAGAAUUGUUACAUCAACUUUAUAG